UCAGCCUCCGUCGCAUGGAGUAGAGAACCUUCAAGGGGUCUGAAGAGCAUGGUCAAUUUGCCUUUUAUAAGGAUCACCUGGUGACAGUACCAAGACUAGAAUGGAGCCAGAAAGACUGAAAGCCAAGACCUUCAAAAGGGGACAACUGCUGUAAUGUAUUUCUGAGAGACAAUACAGGAACCUGAUCUAGGGCACAAGCUAUGAGGCAGAAGCAGAGGGACAUGCAUGGUACAGUGUGUCAGAGAGAUAAGAUGGAAGGGACUUUGGUCACCAUGAAUGUGGAGUGUGAGAGAAGGGUCUAGAAUGGCUCCCAGACCUCUGACUUGGGUGACUUGGUAGAGGGCACUAAGAGUUAAGAAAAAGGGGCAUCAUUGGGGGAUAAGACAGUGAAUUCAGACGUGGUCAUGUUACACCUGUGUAUCUGGCAAGUUCCAUCGGGUAGCUAAUUCCCAGGGUCCGCAGAUAAAGUCGUUGGACUGGGAUGAAGUGCAGUCUGCCAGGGCGCACAGGGAGGACAGCAGAGAGUGUGUGCACGUACGUGUGUGUGUGUGUGUGUGUGUGUGUGUGGUGGGGUGGAACAUACCAUGAGGAACUCUCUCUCUUCUUUGGUGACCCCAAAAGAGGCUGAUGGGAAACAGGCUAGACAGUAGGAGGAGAGCCAGGCAGGCAGAGCCACAGAGCCCCCAGUGGGACAUAGCAUGGAGGAAACUGGCCAUCCACAGCAGGUGGCAUGGAAGAAAGGAUACUUGUAGGAGGUCUGAGAGGAGCCCCCAGGUGUUGAUGACCUUGCUGGAUGGGAGGGGUAAGUGGGUGAGGCAAGGGGUAAAAAGGCGGCUAGCUCAGGUAUAGGUGUGCCCACAUGCUUCCAAGAGACCUGACGUCAGAGGAAAGGGGAGAAGCAAGAGUAAUGAGGAGAGGGAGGCAGGAUCAAGGGAGGCCUUUUUUGUGACUCUGGGGCAUUUGUAAACUGAGGAAGGAGCAGUGGACUGCGGGUUACUAUGGAAGAAGGUGGGGCAGGCCCAGUAGGCCCAGAGAAGGGGAUUAGGAGCAAGAGAGGGAAGGAGAUUAGGAUGGGUCCUGACAACUGGUGAAUAUGAACAGGGCAAAGGGAGGGCCUUCCCACCUGAUGGCUUUGGCUUCUCUCUGAAACACAACAGGUCAUCUCUGGGAAGGUUGGAGUGAGGGGAGGGUGGUGCACUUGUGUCAGGGGCUGGAGAGAAUGGUGGGCAUGGAGAGAAACCUUGAGAGGGAUGAGAAGAGAGCCAGAAGGUGGGGAGGAGGUGGCAGUGGAGGAGGCAAGAGGGGAGACUGUGGCUUCCACAGGCAGAAUUCUGUACUCCCAGCAUAGACCCAGAGGAGGCAGCAGUCUCAUAGUCCCUGGCAGGGCUGGGGGCAAGAAGAAUGGGCACGGCAGCAUGGCAGGCAGGGCCACAGGACCCCAAGGAGAAGUAAUCAGGGCAGAGGUUCUUUGAGUCCAGCAAAUAAGGAGAGGGCAGGAGAAGAAAAGUGGGCAGUCAGGAAGGAAUAGAUUAGAAUAGGAUAAGGGAGUGAGGAGAAAGAGGCCAGGGCAGAGUUUGAGAUCGUAGAAUCCACCAUCUCAGCACUGGGGCUCCUCCAGCUAACUGUGAGGCCUAGAUGGGAUGCUGACAAAGACCUAUUUGGUGGCUCUGCAAAACUCAGCCCCACCCGGGCUGGGAGCACUGGAAGGCCAGGCCACAGGUACAUGGCAUCUAGGGUUCUGCUGACAUCCCACCACAACCAUGUCCCAGAGAGCAAUUUUCAGAAUUCAUUGUCAGGAACCAUCUUCCAGGGCUCAUUUGUGGGCAGGUUGAUAAGGAAGCAGCGCCCCCUGCUAGUAUGUGCUACCAAAGAUACUGGUUCACCAAAGCAUGACUGGGGUUCGUUCAUGCCUCACCAGGCCAAGCUAGGAUGCUGGAUUGAUGACUUGUUAUUCUCCCUGACCUACCCCCACUUAAUCCCAGUUUUUCUCAAAUAAGAAGGUAGACAAAGGCAGUGCCCCCCUGCCCUCCCCUCAACACAGGAUCUGCCCAUUCCGGUGAGAGCCUGGUUGCCUGCCACUGGGUUGGUCUCUGUGAAGAACUCAGGACAGCUCAGCUUCUGCCCUCCACUGCCUUCUCUUGCUUGGGGUGUUUAUAAAGGCCCCCAGGAGCCUCUGGAAAUGACCCCCAAGGUCUAGCUCCUCUCUAUAGACCAAAGCCCCUGGGUGCCAGAGCAUACACUUUCUUCUGGAGAACAGCAUGCCGUUUGGGAUCCCUAUGCCAGCAGAUGGGAGAGCCAUUUCUCUAUCAGAUGGGUUUCCAAUCUUGCCCACAAGCCUGCAGUUUCAGCUCAGGGCUUCAUUAGGUACAAUGAAGUCUUGGCCUCUCACAGUCAAGGGAUAUGUGCCCCUUUUAGCAGAUUUAGGGCAUUUUCCAAAUGACUUGGCAUUGACUGUUAAGAUGCCAGCAUUGUGAAAAAAGGACAUGGGGCUUAGUUGGCUCCUUUGUGGAUGAGGCAGCUGGAACUAGAGCAGAUAUGCUUGCAGUCCUCCUUUGGACCUCUAGAAGCAUCUUCCUAGGGCCUAGGAAGGGUACCUUCCUACAUUGGGACUAAAGACCAGAAUCCAGGAGCCUGCUUCUUCUGUCUGCUGCUCUGCUCCCCACAAAUGAAAAAUAUCACUAAAAGGCUGCUCCUGGGCACCUGCACUUUGAGUCUAAGGCAGACCACCUGGGUGAUGGCUUAGAGGCUGCCCCCACACCACCAAGAAAAACAGUGGGGAGCAAGGAGGCGGUCUUAAAUCUCAACACACACACACACACACACACACACACACACACACCCCUCCCAGUAGCUGCUAAGACCUGCUUUACAUCAGGUCCUGUGCCUUUAUUUGAUGGGUUUUAUUGCCACCAACCAACCCUGGACUUGGACUCUAGGCUGACUACCAUUGCCCCGCCUCAGCUGUUCAUCUGCCUGUUCAUAGGGAGGUUGUGGGAGAGGGAAGAACAUGAGAACAUUCCUGGCUGCCAAGGCUCAGGAAGCAAGAGAAACAAGGACUACGGCAGGCCCCUGGGGGUGGGAGGGUUGGGGCACAAGAUGUGAAGGUGGAGGUAGUACUGCCUCGGCAGCCAGCCCUGCUCUGCGCUUGGCAGCCACAGCAUACUCUUCAUCAUCAGAAGGCUUUCAAAUGGCUGGAGGUCUGCUUUACCAUUCUCUUCUAGAACCUUUUCUCCCUGCUCUUUUCAUCAUUUUGUAUCACCUUCCCCACCCAGUGGGAUCUUCCCACUCUCCUUAAAUCUUAGAGAAAAACGCAGGCCCUUGGGGUUCCUACUACUCCAUUGUCUCCCAGUGUCCACGAGAGGGGGCUGUGGGAAGUGAUCCUCUGGCCCACAAUCCCUACCUUCCUGGAAUGGGAUCUGGACAGGGAGCCCGGUUUGACCCCUGAUUCCCAUGGAAGUAGUCAGGAGCCGGCCCCCAUUUCUUCCCUUCCCUUCCUUUUAGGCUCCAUGCCCAAAGUGGGGCUUGAACUCAUGACCCUGAGAUCCAGAGUCACGUGCUCUGCCGAUUGAGCCAGCCAGGUGCCCCAGGCCCCCAUUUCUCACCACACACUCCUUCCCAUGAUGACAGCCAUAGGUAUCUGUUUCUCUCUGUGACAGAAGCCAGCCUAGUUUCUGUACCCGGGAAUGAGUUUCAUGUGUCUUCCUGGGAGAAUCCUGUAAUAAGUGUCUUGUAGGAGUGUGUAUUAUGUGUCAUUUCUACCUUUCUGACUUCCUUUUGAUGAUGUUCUGUGGGGUAGAAGUGGGGAACAUCGCUUGUUCUUGCAGUAACUUACAGGACAGGUUUUUUAGAGAGCUUGCUUUCCUGCAUUGGGAUCAUGUUGAUGGAUUAAAGCAAGAGCUUUUGAGUACUGCUUGCCUGCACCCUGGGCUUCCAUCAAAGGUAGAAAAAACCUCCCCAUACCUGUUCCUCACAGACCUGUCCCAACUUCCCUUUGGCACAAAAUCAGGGAAGUUUCUGUGAAAACUGGGACUCCCCAAGUGUCUACGCAAGCCAGCCUGUUCUCCUGACUUAACCCUGAGCUCGCCUCUGAGCUCCACCCCACACCAGCCAUGGACUCUCCACUCUCCCCUGUUCCUCCACAGCAGGGCCAGCCCCACUUUCUUGGCACCACAAGAUUCAUUCUCUUAGCUUCUGACCACAGAAAUAGGAGAUUUCUCCUUCCUUACCUGGACAAAGAAGAUGGACACUCCAGAGAUGAACCCCAGGGAUCUCAAGCACAUCUUGAACUCUGGAACCUGCAGGACCCACGCAUGUUGACCAAUGUGCAGUACAACAUCCCUGUGUCCUCUGCCUCCCUCCCGGCCAUCAAGAGCCUGGGCCUCAGGGGCAUCACCUGCAUCAGCCUGACCAACCUGGAUGACUCACCAGCUUCGCAUGAGGUGCUGGAGUGUGUUGCCUACCCCGUGGGCCCGCAUCUGCAGAGCUUGUGCCUCAGUGGGGGCAGCCCCUCGGAGGCCGCCUUUGUGGCCCUGAUCCUAGGCUGCCCAGCCCUGCGUAUCCUUGACCUCAGUGGCUGCAACAGCCUCUUUACAUCGGGCAUGCUACUAGCUCAGCCCGAGACAGCACAGCGGGUCCAGCAGGUGUUGAGUGGCCUCUGUGAGCUCAACUUGGCUGGCCUGUGGGACCUGACCGACCUCAGCUUCAACCGGCUCAGCAGCUGUGCCCCCAGCUUGGAGCGCCUCUCCUUGGCCUACUGUCACCUCACCUUUGAAUUAGGCCCAGUCUGGGGCUCCCUUGGCCCCCAAGACUCCUCCCCCUCCCAACUCUCCUUCCACAACCUGCUGUGGUUCGUGAAGGAAAGGGCUGGUAGGCUGCAUGCCCUGGACCUGAGUGGCACUGGCUUGCUCCCUGAGGCCCUGCAGGCCCUGGGUCAGGUGGCCGGGCUGCAGCUGCAGGAACUGAGCCUGCAUGGCUGCCAGGACCUCUCCACAGAGGCUGUGGCUGCCCUUUGCCGCCUGCAAUCGGGCCUGAUCUCCCUGGACCUCGGCGGCUGCUCAGGACUGGCUGACGGGGCACUCGUGGCCAUAAGCCGGGGCCUGGGGCACCUGCAGCGCCUCAACCUGAGGAAGCUGCAGCGGCUGACAGACGCAGGAUGUAUGGCCCUGGGGGGCCUGCAGGAGCUGCAGAGCUUGGACCUGGCAGAGUGCUGCCUGGUGAGUGGGUGGGGCCUGGCUCAGGCCCUGGGUUCAGGGCACAGAGCUCCAGCCCCACGGGCCUCCCUCAGCCUGGCCUACUGCGCCUCACUCAAGGAUGCCUCAGUGCUCUCCCUGAUCUCAGUGCUGAGCCCAAGCCUCAGGGUGCUAGACUUAUCUUCCUGUGUGGCCCUCACCAACAGGACCCUGCAGGCCAUCUGUGCCUACCUAACCCACCUCUCAGUCCUGCGCCUGGCCUGGUGCAAGGAGCUCCAAGACUGGGGACUUCUGGGGCUGGGGGAACCAAGUGAAGAGCCUACACAGGAGCCCCAGGACCAUUUGAGGGCCAAACUCAGGAGGAACCUGAGAAGCAGGAGCCUCUUCCCACAGCUACAUCAAGAGUUGGAGCAUCAGGCCUCAGGCCCCAAGGAGCCUCCCCAGCCACAGGGCCCUUCCCUGCUCAUGCUGCGGGCCUUGCAGGAGUUGGACCUCACAGCCUGCAGCAAGCUAACUGAUGCCAGUUUGGCCAAGGUGCUCCGGUUCCCCCAGCUGAGGCAACUGUCACUGAGCCUGUUGCCAGCACUCACAGACAAGGGUUUGGUGGCUGUGGCCAAGGGCUGCCCCAGCCUGGAGCACUUGGUGCUGAGUCACUGCAGCCUCCUCAGUGAUGAGGGCUGGGCCCAGGCAGCCAGCUCCUGGCCGAGGCUGCGGCACCUCAACCUAUCCAGCUGCAGUCAGCUCACAGAGCAAACUCUGGAUACCAUUGGGCAGGCGUGCAAGCAGCUCCGGAUGUUAGAUGUGUCCAUGUGCCCUGGUAUCAGCAUGGCUGCCAUCAGGCACUUCCAAGCCCAACUGCCCCAGGUGGCCUGCAUCCAGUCCCGCUUCGUGGGAGGGGCUGACCUGACCUUGACGCUCUAGGGGCAGGUCAGUAACCAACCCUUUGGCUCAGCCUCCAUUGCCCUGAGUCCCCAGCCCUGGCCUCUUGACCUGGAGUUUGACCGAAUGCCUCCUACCCUCCUCUGCCGCAUACCCCAAGCUACAAACUCCUUUUCUAGGACUGGGGAUAGAACUAAUCCGGGGCAGCACAAGGGGCUUCCUGCUCCAGUCUGCCCUACAGCCCAGCAAGCGCCUCUUCCAGCUAUAGGCUGCUGCCACAGGCCCAUAGAAAUGCCAGCUCCUGCUCUCCUGACCAGACCUAGGUCCGGAGGCCAGGCCCACAGGUGGGAUGCCUCUGAUGUUGGGGAGGAGCCGACCUUGUGCCGCUUGCCCUGCCCACUUCUCACACCUAAGGCCUGUGCCUCACCUUGUUCCCUAUAAGGAGCUCUCCCAGCCCUUACCAGCACGGAGUUUUAGCAGCCAAGCCACAGACUUUGUCGUAAACUCAAACAAGAUUAAAA